ACUGUCUCAAUGGAAGUGGUACCAGCCUGGGCCCCAGCAGUGGGUUUCACACUCCUGCCCCAUGCAGGAGGAUUUUUAGGAAGCAAGAUAACCAAAAAGGAAAUCCCAAUGUGGUAUGAAUCUCUACAGAAGCCAUCCUGGUGUCCACCUAACUGGGUGUUUGCUCCUGUUUGGGGAACUCUCUAUACAUCUAUGGGAUACGGUUCCUACUUGGUGUGGAAGGAAUUGGGGGGCUUCAAUGAAAAGUCGGUGGUUCCCCUGGGUCUCUAUGCAGGACAGCUGGCAUUAAACUGGGCAUGGACUCCGAUAUUUUUUGGAGCACACAAAAUGGGAUGGGGGUUGGUGACUCUCCUGCUCACAACUGGUACAGCAACAGCUACAACUGCUUCCUGGUAUAACAUCAACAAAACAGCAGCUUAUUUGAUGAUUCCUUAUUUAGCUUGGCUCACCAUGGCUUCUGCACUCAAUUACCGUAUCUGGAAUGACAAUCGCAACAAGAAACAAUCUGAAUAAACGUUUUUCAGCCAAAAAGAUUUUUUUUUCCCCAAGAAUUUUCUAAAUAAAAUUAUGGCCUUAUUUUUAGCUGAACUACUUAUACAUC